AUGGCGUCACCGAGCCAUGCCCCUGAUCACGGCGGCGACACGGUCGAGACUCGGUCUCCUGAGAUCAGAAAAGAUCCGGUGACUAACCGAUGGGUCAUAUUCUCUCCCGCCCGGGCCAAGAGACCGACUGAUUUCAAAUCCAAAUCUCCGCAGAACCCUACACCUAAACCUUCCUCGUGUCCCUUUUGCAUCGGUCGUGAGCACGAGUGCGCUCCGGAGAUCUUUCGUGUGCCAGAUGAUCCGAAUUGGAAAAUCCGGGUCAUCGAGAAUCUGUACCCGGCUCUAAGCAGGAAUCUCGAGACCGAAUCGAAGCAACGCGAAACCGGUACAGGUCGUACUGUAGUCGGGUUCGGAUUCCACGACGUGGUGAUCGAAUCCCCUCUUCACUCGAUUCAUCUCUCCGAUAUCGAUCCUGUAGGUAUCGGCAAUGUCUUGAUCGCUUAUAGGAAGAGAAUCGAGCAGAUUACGCAACAUGAUUCGAUCAAUUACAUUCAGGUUUUCAAGAACCACGGUGCGUCGGCUGGAGCAUCAAUGAGUCAUUCCCACAGUCAGAUCAUGGCUCUACCAGUUGUUCCUCCAACAGUUUCUUCACGGCUUGAUGGUACGAAAGAUUAUUUCGACGAGACUGGGAAAUGUUGUCUUUGUGAAACUAAAUCGAAAGAUUUUGUGAUCGAUGAGUCGUCCCAUUUUGUUUCCGUUGCUCCUUUCGCUUCUACGUUUCCCUUUGAGGUUUGGAUUAUUCCCAAGGAUCACUCUUCCCACUUCCAUCAUCUCGAUGACGUCAAGGCCGUUGAUCUUGGAGGACUUUUGAAACUCAUGCUUCAGAAGGUAGCAAAGCAACUAAACGACCCUCCGUAUAAUUACAUGAUCCAUACUUCUCCCCUCAAGGUCACAGAAUCACAGUUACCAUAUACGCACUGGUUUUUACAAAUUGUACCUCAGCUUUCUGGGGUAGGUGGGUUUGAGAUUGGCUCAGGGUGUUACAUAAACCCUGUUUUCCCAGAGGAUGUAGCAAAUGUUUUGCGGGAAGUUAGCCUUGCUUGA